GAGCCCAGUCCUGCACAGAGCAUCCUGCUGCAGCCCUGGGCUCCGGCUGCUCCCGGCCUGCCGGGGUGGCCGUGGUCACGCUGGGUGUCCCCAGGCUCCGGCGUGGCCGCAGUCGGUGCCCGGCCAUGCUCUGGCACCAGCUGAGCCCCGCUGCGGGCAGGGGUAAGCUCAGCCACGGCCCUGCUCCUGCUGCCCUCCGCCAGACCCAUCCCUGGGGCAGGAUCCACGGCACAGAAAUUGAAGCCAAGAAAGCGUGUGACUGGCUCCGGGCAGCGGGGUUCCCCCAGUAUGCCCAGCUGUACGAAGAGUCGUCAUUCCCUCUUGACAUCAGUGCUGUGAAGAAGGACCACAGCUUCCUGGACCAGGAUUCCCUCAAAUCCCUGUGCAGGAGGCUGAUGACCCUGAACACCUGUGCCUCCAUGAAGCUGGAUGUUCACUUUCAGCGUAAACAGAAUGAAGACUCUGAGGAGGAAGAGCAGUGUGCCAUCAGCACCCGGUGGACCUACCAGAGGGACAGCAAAAGGUGGUCACGGGUGGGGUCCGCCGAUGUCCUGUCCCAGGGCUCGGAGGCCCUGAGCUGCACCAUGCACCCGGUGUCCAGCCGUGAGAGUGUCCUCACGGACCUCAGCACCAACCCCGAGGCCACGUCCCUGCACAGCACGGGCAGUGUGGGCAGCGUGGGUGGCACCGGCGGCACGCUGGGCACUGUGGCCGUGCCAUCCGAGCCCCCGUCCCCCCUCCGUGCCGCUGCCACCGCCUCCAGCUGCAGCCAGAGCGAGGGCUCUGCCCCGGAGCAGCCCUCGGGCCAGGGAGAGGGCUCUAAGGAGAAGCUGAAGAAGCGACGGUCUCGAAGCUUCCUGAAGCGGAUCGAGUCCCUGCGGAAGAAGGACAAGGAGAAACCCAGCCCAGAGAGGAGGGUGGCUCCGCGCAGCAGCGCCACUCUCCCACCAGGAUGGGGCUCUCUGAAGAGUGAUGGGGACCUUGCAGCCAUCAGGACCAACUCCUCUAAAAGAGGGACACCUGCCCCUUUCCACAGCAAAAAACACUUCUUCUCGGUAUCAUACAGGACUAACCGCCUGCUCGGCCCCGGGGGCACCAAGGGCAGCUCUGACCCCAAACGCGGUGGAGUUUACCUGGAGGAUUACGACACAGACACAGCCACUGCCACCAGCGGUGCCUGGGAUGCUGCCGAGUGCCAGCGCCGGGCUCGCCAUGGCGAUUGCCUGGUCUAUAUCCCCUGUGACCACAAACCCGGCACCUUCCCCAAAUCCCUGUCCAUCGAGAGCUUGUGUCCCCUGGCCGGCAGCUCCCUGACCCACUGGAAGGCAGGGAGCGCGGCCGUGGGGCUGGGCGGGGGCGGCAGCAGCAGCAGCGUGGAGGGCUCGUCCUCCCCGAGGGGCUUCGCCCGCCGGCGCCGGGGCUCCUGCAGCUCCCUGGGCAGCCGCGUCAGCGUCUACGACAACGUGCCGGACUUCGGCAGCAGCGAGGAUUUCUGCAAGGACGGGGAGGUCACCUACGAGAACCUCGACGACAUCCUGCAGCACGUGUGGGUGCUGCAGCAGAAGGUGGAGCUCUGGUGUAAAGCCGUCUCCCCUGGCCUGGAUGGAGAGGAAGGGGGCGAGGAAGAGGAGGAUGAGGAGGAGUCGGACUCGGGAGGGGAACCCUCCAACUUGCAUUUCGAAGAACAGUCCAUGUCGGAUGUUGGCACCUCUGCCAGUGACUUUGAUAGCACGGGGAACUCCCUCAACGAGGCUGAAGAGAUCGAGACACGGGAGCGCCGGGAUUCGGGGGUAGGAGCAUCCCUCACAAGACCCUGCAGAAAGCUGCGUUGGCACAGCUUCCAGAACUCGCACCGGCCCAGCCUGAACUCGGCCUCGCUGGAGAUCAACCGCCAGUCAUCGGCCCAGCUCAACCUGCUCCAGAAGUGCUCCCUGCUCCGGCUCACGGCCAUCAUGGAGAAGUACUCUGUGCCCCACAAGCAGGCCUGGACGUGGACUGUCCCCAAAUUCAUGAAGCGGAGUAAAGUCCCUGACUACAGGGACAAGAUGGUUUUUGGGGUGCCGCCCAUCGUCAACGUGCAGCGGACGGGGCAGCCCCUGCCCCAGAGCAUCCAGCAGGCCAUGCGCUACUUGCGCAGCCAGUGCCUGGACCAGGUUGGCAUUUUCCGCAAGUCCGGGGUGAAGUCCCGGAUCCAGGCGCUCCGGCACAUGAACGAGACCAGCCCCGACAACGUCGACUACUCGGGGCAGUCAGCGUACGACGUGGCCGACCUGCUGAAGCAAUACUUCCGCGACCUGCCCGAGCCCAUCUUCACCAGCAAGCUGACCGACACCUUCCUGCAGAUCUACCAGUUUGUGUCCAAGGAGCAGCGGCUGCAGGCGGUGCAGGCUGCCAUCAUCCUCAUGCCAGACGAGAACAGGGAGGUGCUGCAGACCCUGCUCUACUUCCUGAGCGACAUCGCCUCGGCUGAGGAGAACCAGAUGACGGCUGGGAACCUGGCUGUGUGCCUGGCCCCCUCCAUCUUCCACCUCAACGUGUCCAAGAAGGAAAGCACAUCGCCCAGGGCCAUACACAAGAAGGGCACCAUGGGGAAGCCGGACCAGAAGGACCUCAAUGAGAACAUGGCUGCAACACAGGGGCUCUCCCACAUGAUCAGUGACUGCAAGAAGCUCUUCCAGGUCUCCCAUGACAUCUUGCUGCAGCUGAGCAGCUCCUAUAUGGCUGCAGAUGCUUAUCCCCACCCCCUGGCUGACUUGGUGUGCCAGGGGGAGAGGAAGGAUUUACACUCCUACUUUGAGCAGAGUGUCCAGAACCUGCUCAAAGAGUCGUCAGAGAAAUUCAAGGGAUGGCUGAGCACGCCGGGGCCCCUGAACACAGAGCUGUCCUGCAAAAAGGUUGGGGACGGGCACCCUCUGCGCCUGUGGAAGGUCUCCACGGAUGUCGAGGCCCCUCCUGCCACGGUGCUGCACCGGGUGCUGCGGGAGCGUCACCUGUGGGACGAGGACCUGCUGCAGAGCCGGGUGGUGGAGGCGCUGGACAAGGACAUGGAGGUGUACCACUACGUGACGGACAGCAUGGCCCCGCACCCGCGCAGGGACUGCAUGGUGCUCCGGCGCUGGCGCACGGACCUGCCGCGGGGAGCCUGCCUGCUCAGCUCCCUCUCGGUGGAGCACGACAAGGUGCCCGUGGAGGGAGGUGUCAAGGCCAUCGUGCUGACGUCCCAGUACCUCAUCGAGCCCGGCGCCAUGGGCCGCUCCCGGGUGACCCACAUCUGCAGGGCUGACCUCAGGGGUCGGUCUCCUGAGUGGUAUAACAGGGUCUUUGGCCACCUCUGUGCCAUGGAGCUGGCGAGGAUCCGAGACUCUUUCCCAGCCCUGAGUCCCACCGGCCCCGAGACAAAGAUUUGAGGCACCAGGAAGAUGCUCUGUCCUUUCAGACGUGGACUUGCUAUUGGAUCCGGACUGGGGCUCUCAGCAGGAGGCACGGUGUGGUGCAGUGCCCGUGGAGGGGAGACAGAGGCACAUAUUUAUAAACAUCCUUUCACCCCGGGCUGGGCAGUCCCGUGCCGCGGCCCGGGUGCUGCGGGGCAGGGUGGCUGCAGAGGGGAAGCCGUGGUGUCCCGCAGGAGAGGUGUGGGAGCAGAGUGGCCAUGGGGUCACCCCUGAAUGCAGCCUGUGGCAGGAAGUGUGGCCCCCACACAGGCCAGGAGCAACAGCGGGGGUGAAGGAGCGUGGAGUGAGGCGGGAGGAGCGAGCGGGGAAAAUGGGGCCGUGUCCGCAGGUCGCAGUGCGGGGUUGGGAAGUGGAGGGUGGACAGCGAGGGGGGGAUUGUGUGUGUGGUGUCACCCGGUGGGGACAGCCAGGGAGUCACUGUGUGGUAGUGGAAGAGGCUGCUGUUCUGGGAGGAGGGGGCUGCCUAUAGAUAGGUGCCAGCCCCUGUCGUGGGGCAGAUGGAACCUGUUGCAGCAUUGGUGCUGAAUUCAUGGAAGAAGCAGCCCUGUACUCCCGUGCCUUGCUCUUCCUUGGCUAAAAGCCCUCUCUCUGCACUGGGUGUCACUGAGAGGAGGGGUGGAUGGACCAUGUUCCAAGCCAAGGCCAUCCUCAACCAGCUGACCUGUUUUUUGCAUGGGGCAGGACACUGCUGGAGCCCUGGAGCAGCUGCACCUGGGCGGGAAGAGGCAAUGCCUGGAAAGAGGCAUCGAGGUGGGGAGAGACUGCCCAGACCAGCUCCCGCUUUGUGCUGCCCUCAGUGCUGAGGGCUGUACCCAGAGAGGGAGGAGGGAUGGCAGGAGGGGCAGUUGUUUGGGAUUCUCCCCUCUUCGGGCAGCUACACAUGGCCCUGCCCACCCACUCCCUGCAGAGACAUCUGUUCCCCUUUCUACCCCUUCCUUCCAUUCAUGAAGGAACUGUUCACUGGAGCUGUCAGCACCCAGGAGAUGACCUGGUUUCUCCAUUCAGGCAGGGACCCAAAUUCCCAGACGUCGUUCCAACUGGAAGGCAACAUGAACCAUGAGCUGGGGACCCCCAGUGUCAGUUUGGCCAUAACUGUCUGUCUUUUGGUAAAAAGAAAAGCACAAGUCAGCCUCUAGUCUGUGUUUUUAUAUAUAUGUAUUUUAUAUACAUAUAUAAAAAUAUAACUAACAUGUGGGGGAGUGAAUUUUCUCCUGAUAUUUUUUUAAAGCAUUUCUUUUUUUCUAUCUAUAAAUACUUGUACAGGUGGAAUAUUAAUAUAUAACUGUGGUGGCAGAGCUCAGCACCAGGUGAUGCUCAUUUAGAGCUGGGUAUUUUGUAUUUAAGGGACUUUUGUAUCAUAUGAAAGUGCAGCAGUUGUUUGACUUGGAUUGGGGCUGCUCUUCCCAUCCAUGCAAUUAAUAAAGUACUAACAAGAUCUGCUGGCUGAUGAGGAAACCUCCAUGCUCAGGGCUCCUCCAGCACUGGAGCAGCUCAGUGCUGAGCAAUCUGUGGCCUUGGGGCAGCCCCUGCGUGGGUGAAGAGGCUCAAACCCAGCAUUUUCCACAUCCAGCUGUGCUCCAGGGCCUUGCCAGGGUUUGAGGCUCUCCUGGCAUUGCCACCUGCAGCAGGGAGAGGACCUUGAGGAGGAAGAUGAGCAUCCAGCAUCAGUGAUGCUGAUGAAGAAGAACCACACUGUGCUGUUGAAUUCCCUGGAGCAGACACCUCCGGCUGCUGUUUUGGGAGUAGUGAUGGGAAUGGGGUGGAACAUGCUGGAGUAGAUGAAGAUGAUGGUGAUGAAGGCUGCAAGAUUAAAGCCUGGAGAGGAAGAAAUCCCUCUCUGAGCUUGGUUAAAGUUGGAGGUUGGCAGCAGCAGGACUGCUCUGGCUUUUAGCACUAAUGGGCAGAGAUAUUGGGGCAGCCCUGGCUCAUCCCAAACCCACCCAUGGCCAGGGCUCCAGCACUGGGAUGGAGAGGGUACCCUCACCAUCCUGGGAUGGAGGCCAAGCUGGCAUCUCUUCUUCCAGGGUCUCAGCAGGAUGGCAGCACUCCACAGACCCACCCAAGCAUCCACUGCUGGAGGGGUGUGAGCUCUCAGGGCCCCCCACUCCCACUGGGAACCCUGUCCUGCCUCACAUCGUCCCCAUCUCCAGUCCCAAGUCCCCAGCACACUGAAUGAAGAGGUUCCCCACCCCCUGCACGAUGCUGUGCUGGUGCAAACACUAAAUAACGCCCCAAAGCCUCUGCAAAGCUGGCUGGAGUCAUCCCAGGGCUUUUGGGCUCAUCCCAGCUCCCAAACCCCUCUCCCUCACUGUCAACUGAUCAGUCCAAGAGUAUUUUCCUCCAGCCCCUGCUUUGCAGACACUAACAUGUAAAAUCAAUUUCUUACUGAAAUCCUCCAAGUUUCAUUAACAGAGAUUUAUGUUUUCUCCCUGCACAUUAUUACAGAUUAAUCUUUUCAAACCUUAUAAAAGCCAAUCCCUACAACUCAACAAAGCCCUGCAUUGGGAAAUGAUUGCAGAGCAGCAAUGCCAGGCUCAGUUUGGCUUAAUUAGAGAUAAAAGGAGAGGAAAUCAUUCCUUAUUAGCCAGUCAGGUAGAAGCUGUACUGUAUUUAGAGUGCAAACAGCCCAAUUACAAGGAAGAACAUGCACAGUUGUCUUUCAUUACAGGUACUUGAAAAUGUGCAUCUGGGGAAAAUUAAUGAUGAUUCUCUCCUUCCAAAGAGAAGCUGCAGCCAUCCCAGCUGGCUGUGUGGGCCAUCCCCAGCACAGCAGUGAUGCUUGUCCAGCCUGAACAUUUGCCCAUCCCGGGGAUCCUUGGGCUGUUUCCUCAGCCCUGGCAGAAGGAUCUUUAAAGGCAUUGCUCAAGCACAGCUCUCAGUGCACAGGUGGUGGAGUCUACCUGCCCCAUCCCCACCCACCUCCACCUCCCUUCUCAAAUUCACCUCACUCUGUACCACACCUGUGUCAGGACAGGACCCCAGUGGCUCUGUAACUUCUCUGUCUUCAUGGGCAGAAUGUUCCCCCUGCCCUGAAUCAGUCCCAGCCAGGAGACACCCUCUUGUCCCAGGGAAUUUAAGCAGUAUUUUCAUGCUGGGGGGCUUCCAGUGGGCUGGAAUAACUUUCUCAGGGGAUAGGAGUGAACUGGUUUCUCUUCUGCACUCAGAUCAGGCUUUUUAACCCCAGGCAGUAGCUCAGCACCACAGCCACUCACAACCACCACCCCCCAUGUGGGGAUGGAAAUGGGAAAGAAAAGGGAAACUUUGUGGGUUGAGAUAAGAACAGCUUAGCAAUUAAUAAUUUAAAAAAAAUUAUAGUGCUAAUGAAGAGAGAGAAAUAAAAUGCAGGAGAAAAAAGUGAUGCCCAGUCCAGUCACCCACCCCCUGCUGUCACAGCAUCUUUACACUCUGGUGUGUUUCUCAACAUGAGCUUUGUUAGUAGUCCAAGAAUUUCCCACCCCUUGGCAGCAGUCCUUGUCCAGCUCCUGGGAUUGCAUCUCCUCCCAAGCCUGGGAUGAUGUAGGGCUGUUGGACACCUCCCCACACGGGUUCAGCCUCUGGGUUGUGCAGCCUAGCAAAUGUUACAAUGCAGACCCUGAGGGGCUCGGGGAAGGCUUGUGCAACCUCAUGGCAUAGAUUUAUAUCCCAGGAUUUCAAAGGUGUGACUUCCAUGGCAGAGCUCUGCUCUCGUGUCCCAGGCAGCCCCUGCUCCAGCACGGCUGCACAGGCCCCUUCCCACUGAGAUAACUUUGUGUUUCAGCAAACCAAGCCAGCUUUUCCUUUUGCUUUGUUUGCCGCUGGGAUGAGCCCUCAGUUCUCACUCAGGCCUGGCUUCCCUGGAGCUUUUCUCCGUCUCUGGAUGAAGACUACACCACCUGCCUGGCCUGGCAGUCACACAAACAGGCACUCUGAUUUCAGCAUUCCUGCAGAAUGGACAUUGUCUGGUCAUGGACAAGAUGGGAAUUCAGGCAUCCUCCCUUCCUGACUCCACUGACAGAGAUUUGGGACAAAACCAUUCAUCUUUACAUAAAAGAAAGGGCAGUGAACCUGUGCGGUCCUCCUGGCCCUGACAGACACUGCUCCUGUUGGAAUCACACACCCAGCCUGGAGAAGGGCCUGCCAUGUGUCCUGGGGGAAGGUGAGUGGUCCCAGCAGGAAUCCUGAGGGAUCAGCGCACUUCAGAACACACAUCAUCUGUCUGCAGCUCCCAGCCCAAGGCACCUCACUGGGCUCUGCAUUCCCUCUCUGUCCUCAGGUGCAGGAGAAGAUCCUUCAGGCAGAAAAGAGAUGGAAGUGGGCAAAUGGGAGGUAACAUUGCUUUAACUGGGACUUUGAAAGUUAAAAAGGAACACAAAACGGAGUCAUGCUGGAAACAGAUUGACAAAUCUGACCAGAUCCUGUAGGUAAGUGAAGUCAGACAGUCCUCGUGGCACGGGGAAGACCCAGGUGCUGAAGGAAGCAGGAAACCAAGUGUUUCUUAGAAAGGUUUGGUGGCACAGCUACAAAACAGGAUGGAAGGAUAUUUCAGCAAGAUGCUCAGAGGAUGCUGCAGCUCUCCUUUUAGUGACAGUCACCGUGCCAAUCCCAUGGUUUUUAAGUGGAAUAAUGACACCCUGCAGAUCCCUCGCUGUGGCUGCAGAGGUCAGGAGGGGAUCCCAUCCUCCCCUGGCUGGUCCAUCCUCAGUGCCGCUGCAGCUGGAGCUGGGGCAGCAUCGAGGCACUCCCAGGGCACGUCCAUGGUAACAGCAGACAUGAUCCUGCUCCCAAAUGCCGAUCAUUCUUACAACAUCCUGUUCCUGCUGGGGGCUGUGAGAGGCUUUCUAGGGCAGGAGCACAUCCCAUCAGCUGCCGAAGUUGUGCUGUGGGACAGCUGGCAGGCGAGUGGCUCCUGCUGCCCUGCCCUGCUCUCGCUGUUCCCUCAGUGCCUCUGUUCCACUGUGGCAGUGUUCCCCUGUUCCCUGUGGCAGUUCCACUGUGGGUGUUCCCCCAAAGGUGCUGCUGCUGCCUCUGCAGCCCUGCCAGGAGCUGGUGGCAUUUCGUGUUUCUUCCCAAACUAUGCAGGAUUUUUACUGUCUCUCGUCAAACUCCUGUUUGUCACCUGG